UGUCGUUCACCUACCACCACGAUGGACGACUAUCCGAUGUAUGGGUGGCUGGUUGGGUUCUCUCUCUGGGGGACCCUCUGGUGUCUCCUCUUUCCUCUGGGGUUCUGGCACGCGAUGACGUGUAGAGUAGAUACUCGGGGUGGUACUUCCACCAAGCCAUAUUCGAAGGAGGAGGAGGAGAAGAUGACCGCCAUUUUGAGGGAAAGGAAGGAGAAGAGAGAGGCCAAGAAGAAGGCCCUACAGGGGGAGCAGUCGGCCAAGCUGAGAAAGAUUGAGGAAGAGAUGGCUGGAGAGAAGGAGAGAAUCAUGAAAGAAGAGGAGGCGAAGUUGAAAGAGGUGGACGAGGAAGAGGAGGAAGGACCGCCACUACAAAGGAGGAGUGGACAGCACAGUGGCAGCAAAGACGAAGAGAUGGAGAAACGGAUUUCGGAGUGGGUCGCCAACUUAUCCUUGGGUGAAGAGGAAGAGGUUGCUAUGUACAUCCACAAGGAUGAGCAAGUAGCCGCCAUGAAAAAAUGGGAAGCAGAAGAAGAUGUUCUCACGCGGCGGGCGAUGGAAGAUGGACAGAGGAUGGCGUGGAAGCUCGCAAUGAUGAGGGAGAAGAAGAGAAGAGUGGAGGUGGCGAAUGCAGCAAUAGAGGAAUUGGAGGAGGUGCAAAAACUGAGUUUACAGUUGACACCCCAGGUAGAUCUCCAGCGGAAGGUGGAGAUCAUCGUCCAGAGCGUCGAGCGUUUAGCCAAAGUGCAAGAAAAACACUAUGAGUUUAGUCGCAGCCAGGAGAUAUAUGUGCGUUCGAUGCGAACGGGAUUACGGGACUUUGCUCGCAAGUUAGUAGGCGCUGUGGGGUCCGAGGUGAGUCACCGCCUCGAGAAGACUGAGCGUUUUUGUGUCGGCGCCAUUGAGGGCGUCAAGGUGGCAGCUCCCAAGGAGGAGGAGACUCGUCCUCGCAGGGAGCUAGUCAAAGUCAAAUUCCCUGAUUCCUACAGUGGAAAAAGGGAAGAGAACUUUGACAAUUGGGAGGCCAAUGUCAGGACCUAUGUGCAUUUGCAACAGGUCUCCCCGGAUCAGCAGGUCCUAAUUGUGAUCCACGCACUUAAGGAUGAGGCCGCUAGUUUCACAAGGUCCCUUGUUCGUGCUGCCUACUGCAGUGACGAUCCGGUUGCGUACUCCACAUUCACCCCCCUCGUUGAGUUCCUGAAAUUGGUGCGCGAGCGAUUUGCUGAUGUCGCUCGUAGUGUUAAAGCGUCAGAUAGGCUGCAGACGAUCCACGCCUGCAAGUGGAAGAGUGUCAGGGCACUCAAGGGUACGAUGGAUGAAUUGGUGGCCGUUCCUGACCAUGGGGUCACAGAGGCCCAACUGGUCAAUCUCUUCUAUCGGGCAAUGCCCGAGGCCUUUCGAGGGCACUUCUUCGCGAAGAGCGAAGACCCCCCCACCACCUAUGAUUCUCUUAGUCGUGAAGUGGUGGCUUUUGAGGCCAAGUCUAUGUCAGUUUCCACCUUCUGGCACAAGGACUUGGACAAGGGCCGGUGUCUAGAUAGCUGCCCAGAGACUGCUUGUGUUAGAGUCUCUCUAGACACCUCCCUCACAGGUGUGGCCAAAGAGUUGAAAGAGAGGAUGCCCGCCUGGGCCAAGAUGAAGAAGGAGAAUAAAGGGCAACUGAUCUUAUUAGAUGUAGAGAUUUUUAGAGGUAGAGUAGGGGCCCUAGUAGACUCAUGGGCCACUCGCAGCUAUAUUAGUAAGAAAGCGUUGCAGAAGUUGAAGCUCGGACUUAAAGUCCAGAAAUUGGCAGACCCCAUAGUUAGUAUCCUCGCAGACAAUCGUACUAUGGUUGUAGAGGAGUAUGUAGAGGGAUUUCAGGCGUAUUUUCGCCUAGAGAAGGAUGGGAAAGUGGAGAAGGUCCUCCACUCCCUGACUCUCCUCGUAGAAGACAGCCUCCCAUUCGACAUUGUCCUGGGAAUGGAUUGGGGAGAAGCAGUCGGGGCCACACUCCAUUUAAAGGAGCACGAGUGUAAGCUCCCUAGUUCUUCAGGCGAGGCYAAGACUGCCCGCCUGUUCCAUGUGUCAGGCGUAGAGAAUCCCUUGGCCCAUUGCUGUCUUAGUGCUCCUGCGUUCACCAGGUUGGUGAAAAAGGAGAAAUUAGAGGAACAGGUUUUUGUUGCCUAUGUUAGGCUAGUUACUGAGCCUACGGAAGAAAGGCCGAUGGACCCUGCGAUUGCCAAGCUGCUGGAAGAGUUUAAGGAUUUGACUGAGCCGCCGACAGGCACGGUGCCGCGGCCCAUCCAGCACCGUAUUGAGAUAGAGCCUGGCAGUAGAACUCCUAAGGGUGUUGUGUAUAAGAUGUCCCCGCGGGAGUUAGAGGAGCUUCGCAAGCAAUUAGACGAGCUCCUCGAGAAGGGUUGGAUUAGUCCCAGUUCGUCACCUUUCGGAGCGCUUGUUCUGAGAAUGUGCAUAGACUAUAGGGGUUUGAAUGCUAUUACAGUAAAGAAUGCUAAGCCACUGCCAAGGAUAAAUGAUCUUUUAGAUCGAGUGCAGGGGGCCAAGUAUUUCUCUAAGAUAGACUUAAAGUCCGGAUAUCAUCAGAUAGAGGUACAUCCUGAUGAUCGGUAUAAGACAGCCUUCCGGACUAGGUACGGGCAUUAUGAGUUUAUAGUGAUGCCCUUUGGACUAACCAAUGCGCCAGCUACGUUCCAGCGCUGUAUGAACAAUUUGUUUAGGCCAUGGUUAGAUAGAUUUGUUGUAGUGUACCUAGAUGACAUUCUAGUGUUUAGUAAGACCCUCGACGAGCAUCAGGGUCAUCUCAGGCAGGUCUUGGAGAAGCUGCGGGAAGCUAACUUCAAGAUCAAUGCAAAGAAGUGCGAUUGGGCAAAGACCCAAGUUUUGUAUUUAGGCCACGUCUUAGACGGAGACGGCUGGGACAAGGACUGUACGUCUGCCAUGAAGAAGUUGACGCAGGCAUUGAUAGAGUAUCCAGUCCUUAAAGUCGCCGAUCCGUCCUUGCCUUUUGUCGUCACGAUCGAUGCUAGUCAACACGGCAUAGGCGCGGUGUUGCAGCAAGACGAUGGCAAUGGCUAUAGACCCGUAGAGUUCAUGUCCGCCAGGAUGCCUUCAGAGAAGGUCGCAACAUCUACCUAUGAGAGGGAACUCUACGCUCUCAGGCAAGCACUAGACCACUGGAAGCACUACUUGCUUGAGAGGCACUUCAAAGUCUACUCAGACCAUGAGACGUUAAGAUGGUUAAUGACGCAGGCCAAGAUGACACCUAAGCUUACUAGGUGGGCCGCAGAGAUAGAUCAGUACGACUUUGAGCUCAAGCCUGUCAAAGGGAAGUACAACGUAGUUGCGGACGCUCUGAGUAGGAGGGCAGAUUACUUUGGGGCGAUAGUGCAUUAUCUCGAUAUAGGGAAGGACCUGCAGCAGAAAGUUAGAGAGGCCUAUGCGCAGGACCCUAUCUAUAGUGACCUCCUUAAGAAAGUUAAAGAGGCCCCAGAGACUGAGCCAAACUACUGCACUACUGAAGGGUUGCUCUUCGAGAAGACCAAUGUAUUUGACCGCCUGUGCAUUCCCAGUAGUGAAGAGAUUCGUAGCCUGAUUUUGGGGGAAUGCCACGACACAGAGGGUCAUUUCGGUUGGCAAAAGACUUCAGCCAAUCUGAUGCGCGCGUAUACCUGGCCAGGGAUGAAGAAUGACUGCGUAGAGUAAGAAUGACUGCGUAGAGUAUGUUCGCAGUUGUAAGGUUUGCCAGCGUAACAAGAGUCGCACGCGAGC